GCGAGAGAGAGGCUCAGGGCUGCACUCCUCCAAGGGCUUCUUGUACUCUCUCUAUUCACACACGCGCAUCCCGUGCAUCCAGACAGGGGGCUUUCACCGUUCCAGACACACCGUCUGCUGCGACUUCUGUCUGGGAGAGCCGGACAGAGAGGAGGGAUUUUACCCAGGAUCCUUCCGUGAUUUGCAACAGCAUGCGCCCGCCGAGCCAGACCUCAUCCCAAGGUUGAGUGGAGCGCUGCAGCAGGCGACGAGGGAGGAAUGGAUCGCAGAGAGAGCAGGACGUGGAACUGAGGGCUCGCUUUGUGCGUUUGCGUCGUCGGAGGAUGCUUUGGGCAUCGCGGCAGGACGUUUAAGAGUACGGCGGAUGCUAGUGGAUGGAUUUUGCAUGCUGUCGGAGAGGGUUGUGAUUCAGAGACAUGAGGCCUUUUCUGAAGAACACCCUUGAAUAUUUCCCUCACUGAGGAUGUGUGAUGAUUUCUGCCCGGCACAACCGCAUCUGAGGUCACUUCUUCUCUAGACCCUCUAUUAUACCUCAGGGCUGACUUUCAAAACUCUAAGUGACUGUGUGCUGUGUGCUUAAGUGUCUGUGUGCUUCGCUGAAUUUGAGACCAGUUUUGCUUCACUGCGUCCGGCAUGCAAAACUGCUGAAACAUUGCCCUCCAUGGUUUCCGCCCAUUUCAAGAAGCUAUCGUCUUACAUUGUAAAGAUUUGCAAAGGAAUGUUUACAAAGAAACUGGCAAAUACCACAAAGAAGAAAGAGAGUAGUGAAAACAAAAAAGAACCCAAAACGUCCCCCGAUGCGCGGAACCCGACGUUCUCAACCACACUGAAAAGCACAGUUAAAAAGAUCUCCAAAUGCUCGUCGGCACGCAAUAUAUCUCUUGAGGAGGAUGACGGAAAAACCGACUGUUCUUCUCUUUCGCCAACAUUCAGUUACCGUGUAGCAAUUGCCAAUGGACUUCCAAAAACUGCCCUCUUUCUGAACAAUAAUGAGUUUCAUGAGGUCUUGUCAAUUGGUAGCGAUUACUCUGACUCUCUAAACGAGGCAAAACUUGUCCAUAGAUUCGAUGAACAAAAAGCUUAUACAAUGCCAGUAAGACGGAACAGGAAGAGUUUGAUUAGUUUAGCGCCCUCCGAUGGCAGCUCGGAGGGGGAGCGGGGAGAGCGCAGCAGUCUCCACACCCUUCGAUUGGGCGCUCUGAAAAAACUGAGGAAAUGGAAGAAGAGCCAAGAAUGUGUGUCCUCGGACUCAGAGGCCAGCAACUGGAGAAAGACUCUUGGCAUCAGAAGCAAAUCUCUGGACCGGGCUGGCCGACACCAGAAAACCACUACCCUAGAGCCGGGAUCCAGCUCGACGGGAUGCAUCAGUCAGACUCAGGACGUGAUGGAGAUGAUCUUUAAAGAACUUCAGGGAAUCAGUCAGAUCGAGUCCGAGCUCUCAGAACUGCGAGGGCACGUUAACGCCCUCAAAAGCUCCAUCGACGAGAUCUCCAGCAGCGUGGAGGUGGUGCAGAGCGAAAUCGAGCAGCUCCGUUCGGGUUUUGUGCAGUCCAGACGCGAGACUCGAGACAUCCACGAUUACAUCAGACAGAUUAGCCAACAGACCAACAAAGCUACUCUGAGAUUUCUAAAUGUGCCUGAGGAGAAGUACGAAAAAACUGAAGACCUUAUUUAUCAGAUCCUAAAAGAGAAAAUGGGUUUUUCUGAAGCACGCAAGACAUUUAAAAUUGAAUUGGCCCAUCGACUAGGGCAACAAAGAGAAUGUUACAAUGCUAAACCUCGACCAAUUGUAGUUAUAUUUUCAAGCCCACAAGACAGGGAUUUAGUUUUGAAAAAGUGUUAUAAGCUAAAAGGGACUGGAAUAUCAAUUUCGACAGAUAGUCUAGCACACGAUUCAAAAGAAAAGAGAGACAAGCUGAUGGCUUCCUCUCAGACAUAUGAAAGCAUGGACAUCAAGGUCUCAGCCAAAGACAAAGCUGAAAGUGAUGACUGGGACUCCAUGGAAAGCGACAAAGAGCUUGAUGAAUUAAACAAGAACAAAUUUGCAAUUGUGUCCAAACCACCUCCAAAAAGUAAAUCAGACAAGAAAAAGUCUCACGAUCACCGAAGGAUGGCCGAUGAUGCUGCGUACUCUGUGCAUUAUGCCGAUAGCACAGCCUACGAUGACCACGACAAGCAAAGCAAGUCCUACUAUUCCGACAUAACACCUGGAUGGCUGUCUCAGAGCGACUACUCCACUCCCAAACUCAGCCGGUCUGAAUCGGACUGCUCCAAACUUUGCCAGUCUUACUCCGAGGACUUCUCAGAGAGUCAGUAUUUCAGCAGAGUCAACGGCUGUUCCUUGCUUUCCUCCUCAGAUCAGGAACUUUGGCAACGGAAGCAAGAAGACAUGGCGUCCUCCUGGUAUGCUAGUCCCCCCAGUCAAACUCUGAGCCAAGAACAACCUUAUGCGGAACAUAAUGAAGUUGAAACCACAGAGACUAUUGACAGUGGUGUAAGUAAUGGUCUUGUUUGUAUAUCAGGGGACAGGAGCCAUUACAGCGGCUCUCAGCUGUCGCUGCAGGGUGAUCUCUCACCGUGGAAAGAUUGGCAUCACGUUGAACAAGGUGCUGAUUCAGUGUCUGUGUGCUUCGCUGAAUUUGAGACCAGUUUUGCUUCACUGCGUCCGGCAUGCAAAACUGCUGAAACAUUGCCCUCCAUGGUUUCCGCCCAUUUCAAGAAGCUAUCGUCUUACAUUGUAAAGAUUUGCAAAGGAAUGUUUACAAAGAAACUGGUAAAUACCACAAAGAAGAAAGAGCGUAGCGAAAACAAAAAAGAACCCAAAACGUCCCCCGAUGCGCGGAACCCGACGUUCUCAACCACACUGAAAAGCACAGUUAAAAAGAUCUCCAAAUGCUCGUCGGCACGCAAUAUAUCCCUUGAGGAGGAUGACGGAAAAAAUGACUGUUCUUCUCUCUCGCCAACUUUCAGUUACCGUGUAGCAAUUGCCAAUGGACUUCCAAAAACUGCCCUCUUUCUGAACAAUAAUGAGUUUCAUGAGGUCUUGUCAGUUGAUAGCGAUUACUCCGACUCUCUAAACGAGGCAAAACUUGUCCAUAGAUUUGAUGAACAAAAAGCUUAUACAAUGCCAGUAAGACGGAACAGGAAGAGUUUGAUUAGUUUAGCGCCCUCCGAUGGCAGCUCGGAGGGGGAGCGGGGAGAGCGCAGCAGUCUCCACACCCUUCGAUUGGGCGCUCUGAAAAAACUGAGGAAAUGGAAGAAGAGCCAAGAAUGUGUGUCCUCGGACUCAGAGGCCAGCAACUGGAGAAAGACUCUUGGCAUCAGAAGCAAAUCUCUGGACCGGGCUGGCCGACACCAGAAAACCACUACCCUAGAGCCGGGAUCCAGCUCGACGGGAUGCAUCAGUCAGACUCAGGACGUGAUGGAGAUGAUCUUUAAAGAACUUCAGGGAAUCAGUCAGAUCGAGUCCGAGCUCUCAGAACUGCGAGGGCACGUUAACGCCCUCAAAAGCUCCAUCGACGAGAUCUCCAGCAGCGUGGAGGUGGUGCAGAGCGAAAUCGAGCAGCUCCGUUCGGGUUUUGUGCAGUCCAGACGCGAGACUCGAGACAUCCACGAUUACAUCAGACAGAUUAGCCAACAGACCAACAAAGCUACUCUGAGAUUUCUAAAUGUGCCUGAGGAGAAGUACGAAAAAACGGAAGACCUUAUUUAUCAGAUCCUGAAAGAGAAAAUGGGCUUUGCUGAAGCAUGCAAGACAUUUAAAAUUGAACUGGCCCAUCGACUAGGCCAACAAAGAGAAUGUUACAAUGCUAAACCUCGACCAAUUGUAGUUAUAUUUUCAAGCCCCCAAGACAGGGAUUUAGUUUUGAAAAAAUGUUAUAAGCUAAAAGGGACUGGGAUAUCCAUUUCGACAGAUAGUCUAGCACACGAUUCGAAAGAAAAGAGAGACAAGCCAAUGGCUUUCUCUCAGACGUACGAAAGCAUGGACAUCAAGGUCUCAGCCAAAGACAAAGCUGAAAGUGAUGACUGGGACUCCAUGGAAAGCGACAAAGAGCUUGAUGAAUUAAACAAGAACAAAUAUGCAAUUGUGUCCAAACCACCUCCAAAAAGUAAAUCAGACAAGAAAAAGUCUCACGAUCACCGAAGGAUGGCCGAUGAUGCUGCGUACUCUGUGCAUUAUGCCGAUAGCACAGCCUACGAUGACCACGACAAGCAAAGCAAGUCCUACUAUUCCGACAUAACACCUGGAUGGCUGUCUCAGAGCGACUACUCCACUCCCAAACUCAGCCGGUCUGAAUCGGACUGCUCCAAACUUUGCCAGUCUUACUCCGAGGACUUCUCUGAGAGUCAGUAUUUCAGCAGAGUCAACGGCUGCUCCUUGCUCUCCUCCUCAGAUCAGGAACUUUGGCAACGGAAGCAAGAAGACAUGGCAUCCUCCUGGUACGCCAGUCCCCCCAGUCAAACCCUGAGCCAGGAACGACCUUAUGCGGAACAUAAUGAAGUUGAAACCACAGAGACUAUUGACAGUGGUGUAAGUAAUGGUCUUGUUUGUAUAUCAGGGGACCGGAGCCAUUACAGUGGCUCUCAGCUGUCACUGCAGGGUGACCUUUCACCAUGGAAAGACUGGCAUCACCUUGAACAAGGUGCUGAUUCAGGUUUGGACGCCUCCACUGAACAGAACAUAAUCUCUGAAAUCAGUAGCCCCUUUGACCCUGCAGCUAACCCUGGUUUCCCUGAGAAAAUAACUAAAUGCCUCGAGGUUGAUUUGCAGUUUGAAGGCGAGACCUUUUUGACACUAGAUAGCACUCCUGACACGGGCCAAGAUCAAGAUAUAGAUAUAGAACCUGAAUUUUUAGAACCUGAGCCAGAACCAGAACAAAUGCCAGAACCAGAACCAGAACCAGAGGCUGUGAUUGAACCCAUACCAGAACCAGUACUUAAACCUGCAGUGGAACCGCAACCUGAAAAGAAGCCCAAGACCAAGAAGAUCCAAGCUAAGCCUGAAUCAGCUCCACAAACUUUGCAGCGACAUGAUGUGAACCACCUCCAGCAGAGCCAGAAAUCUUCCUCCAUGUACCGGAGCCAGAGUGAGAUCAGAAGUGAGAAAGUGGAGGAAGACCCCAAAUCCUGGAGUAGCAGGCUCAGCAUAGACCUCAGCGAAAAAACCUUCAGCUUUGGAGGAUUUGGAUCCACCCUGCAAAGAGCAAAGUCAGCUUUGGAUUUCGUGUGGAAUAAAGGCUCUCAAAGCACUAGUGCCCCGAUUGAAGAACCGAGCAACACCUCAUUCAUGGGUAGGUUCAGGACCAUGUCCCAGUCCACAGCAAACAGCUCCAGCACAACCAUUGACUCAGAUGUCUACACAGAUCCUUUCUAUUACAAGGCAGAAGAGGAAGAACAACCUGCUGAACAACCUGUGGACAAUGAGACACAUUACGUUGAGGUGAUGGAACAAGUCCUAGCCAAUCUGGAAAACAGAACAAACACAAACGAGGCUGAGGAACAGAACCAAGAUGAGGAAUACGACGUCUCGCAAGAGUAUGACAUCUCACAAGAGGGUAACCUCGUGCUAGAAUAUGACUGCAGCCUUGAUGAGGAAUACAGUGAGGAGUAUGACGACAAUCCCAUGACCGAAGACACGGCGGAGUAUGAGGUGAGUUUGGUGGAUUACGUGGAAGAAACCGAGGAACCGGAAGCAGAGGCCGAGGAACAGGAGGAGAGUAAGGAGGAGGUGCAGGAAGAUCAAGAAAUAUCAGAAACGAAGGGAGCAGAUGAGGUAAAAAAGACUGUAGAACAAGAGGAUGAGAACAAAAAUGUUACAGAGGUUCCCGUGCAAGAAGCACCACCCCAAAAAAGGAUACGUCCCUCCUUCAAAGAGGUGGCGCUGAGAGCUUACCGGAAGCAGAUGGCUGAGCUGGAACAGCAGAUCCUGGCAGGAGACAGCACUGCUCUGGACACCGAGGGCCUUGCCAACAUCCUGGACCCAGCCAAACUGGGGCUGAGCGGCGGAGGGGUUGGCAGUAUACUUUACGGCAUUGACAGCAUGCCAGAUUUACGUCGCAAGAGGACCAUGCCUAUUGUCCGAGACCUGGCUUUGACAUUGGCUGCUCGAAAGGCAGGCAUUGCGUUUGGGCUGGUGAACAGAACGACUCUGAACAACGAGGAGCUGAACACGUGUACUGUAAAUCACUCUGCAGGUGCUGUGGAGAAGAGCUCAAAACACGGAGCCGAGGACAAAACCCAAAACAUCAUCAUGGCUAUGAAGGAGCGGAUGAAGAUCAGGGAGAAGAACCGGCCCGAGGUGUUCGAGGUGAUCCAGGAGAUGUUUCAGCUCUCGAAGGAAGAUUGCAACGCUCACCUGAAGACGGCCAAACAGGCUGUGCUGGAGGGAACGUCCAAGUGGUCUGCUAAAAUCACCAUCACAGUUGCAUGUGCUCAAGGUUUGCAAGCCAAAGACAAGACGGGCUCCAGCGACCCCUACGUCACUGUACAAGUGGGAAAGACCAAACGCAGGACCAAAACCGUUUUUGGCAAUCUCAACCCAGUCUGGGAGGAGAAGUUCUUCUUUGAGUGUCAUAACGCCACAGACCGUAUUAAGGUCCGUGUGUGGGAUGAAGAUGACGACAUAAAGUCCAGGGUGAAGCAGCACUUUAAGAAGGAAUCUGAUGAUUUUCUGGGUCAGACCAUCAUCGAGGUGCGCAUGCUGAGCGGGGAGAUGGACGUCUGGUAUAAUCUCGAGAAGCGGACGGAUAAGUCGAUGGUGUCGGGGGCCAUCAGGCUGAAGAUCAGCGUGGAGAUGAAGGGAGAAGAGAAGGUGGCUCCUCCUCACGGACAGUACACAUGUUUACACGAGAAUCUCUUCCACUACCUGACGGAGGUGAAGAACAGCGGAGUCGUGAAGAUCCCCGAGGUCAAAGGUGACGAUGCCUGGAAGGUUUACUUCGACGACGUGUCGCAGGAGAUCGUGGAUGAGUUUGCCAUGCGUUUCGGUGUGGAGUCCAUCUACCAGGCCAUGACGCAUUUCUCAUGUCUCUCAUCCAAGUACAUGUGUCCCGGCGUUCCCGCGGUGAUGAGUAACCUGCUUGCCAACAUCAACGCCUACUUCGCUCACACAACAACGGCAAACACCAACAUCUCAGCCUCCGACCGAUUCGCAGCAUCCAACUUUGGGAGAGAGAAGUUCGUCAAACUCUUGGAUCAGCUUCACAACUCUCUGCGCAUCGACCUCUCCAAGUAUCGGGAUAAUUUCCCUGCUGGGAAUCCAGAGAGACUCCAGGACUUGAAAUCAACCGUCGACCUGCUGACGAGCAUCACCUUCUUCAGGAUGAAGGUGCAGGAGCUGCAGAAUCCUCCCAGAGCCAGUAUGGUGGUUAAAGACUGUGUGAAGGCCUGUCUGGACUCCACCUACAAAUACAUCUUUGACAACUGCCAUGAGCUCUAUAACCAGCUGCUGGACCAGGCUAAGAAGCAGGAUCUGCCGCGUGAGGAACAGGGUCCGUCCAUCAAGAACCUGGACUUCUGGCCCAAACUGAUCACGCUGAUGGUGUCUGUUAUUGAUGAAGACAGAACGGCCUACACACCCAUCAUUAACCAGUUCCCUCAAGAGCUGAAUAUGGGCAGAAUCAGUGCUGAAAUCAUGUGGAACCUCUUUGCCAUGGAUAUGAAGUACGCAAUGGAGGAACACGACAAGCAUCGUCUAUGCAAGAGCACAGAGUACAUGAAUUUGCACUUCAAAGUCAAAUGGUUCCACAACGAGUACGUCCGAGACCUGCCUGCCUUUAAGGGAAUUCCUCCAGAGUAUUCACUUGCCUUGGUCAGUGAGAAUCUCCUUCGGGAUUCCCACUCGGGAGAUUAUACGACACAGGGCCUCCGCCACACUUUUCGCAGAAAUGCUGCGGAGCGCCACUGCCUCAGGGUAACCCCCUUAAUACGCACAGGUAUUUGGUACAUGCCGGCUGGAACGGGGACAGCCUGGGGGGCAUCCGGGACCCGGAUCAGUGUCCCCAUCUCCAUCACCGGACACCGAUCAAUAGAGUGCCCUUGGUCCCCGCAACGCCAACAGGCCGGCCAAGACCUCCCCUCCGCCCUGGUGGGAGGAAGCGGAUCAAGCAAUUGGCCUGGAGAGAGCAGAGGAACGUUAACCCCCGAGGCGCUCGAGCUGGCCGGCCCCGCACCCCUGGAGAGGGGCCUCAGUCCCGCGGACUCCGGCGCCGGACCGCCCCUCCACCCGGGGCUGCGCUCGGGACCUAGGGAGUGGAGAGGGGCCUCAGUCCCGCGGACUCCGGCGCCGGACCGCCCCUCCACCCGGGGCUGCGCUCGGGACCUAGGGAGAGGUUUAGAGUUGAAUGGCCAGGUCCAGCGACGCUGGCCGGUGGCACUGGACCCCCUUCACGACGAACUGCUCCAGCACCACGCGGUCGAUGAUCUGGUCGACGUCACUUCCCCCGGUCAACAGUCAUUUGCGGCACACGUCCCGGAGCUGCUGAGCCAUCACGAAGGGCCGGCCGUGUUCCCCCAGCUCCAUUCGUCCGGGGCCACCCACAUGCCUCGGGGCGAUGAAGGCCUCCCGAUCAUCCUGAGGGCUCAGUUUGUUCAAGGGCAGGUGGGCUGGCAGGGCCGGGGCAGAUGGACUUUCCCCCGCCCGAACCUCCCGGUCUAUCCAGCUCCAGAACAGCUCGCAGUCCUCCUGCUGCGUCUGGACGAGGGCCCGGAAAUCGACGCUCCUGAUCCUCCCUCAUGUCCAGCAGCGCUUGAUGGUGCUCUUGUACAGUUCUUGGAGAGAAAGGAGGGAUGUACCAAUGAUUCGCUCAGCAGUCCGGACUACCCUCUGAAGUCUGAGUUCCAGCAGACGUCAGAGCAUGCUCUCUUCUCCUGCUCGGUGGUGGAUGUGUUCACGCAGCUCAACCAAAGCUUUGAGAUCAUUAAGAAGCUGGAGUGUCCAAACCCUCAAGCUCUCGCUCACUUCAUGCGCAGGUUUGCAAAGACCAUAAAUAAAGUUCUUCUCCAGUAUGCUGUGAUCAUCUCUAAAGACUUCAACAACCAUCUGAACAAAGAGAAAGUGUCCUGCAUCCUCUUGAACAACAUCCAGCAGCUCCGAGUUCAGCUGGAGAAGAUGUUCGAGUCCAUGGGAGGAAAACAGCUGGACGCGGAGGCCAGCAAUCUGCUGAAAGAGCUGCAGAAUAAACUCAAUACGGUGCUGGACGAGCUCAGCGGCGUCUUCGGCUCCAGUUUCAAGCCGGUCAUUGAGGACUGUGUCAAACAAAUGAACCAGGAGCUGAUGCAGAUGAAGGGAAGCGCAGGGAACAAGAGUAACGCAGCCAUGGAUGCAGAGACCGUCCUGAGACCCCUCAUGGACCUGCUGGACAAGAACCUAAUUCUGUUUGCCAAGAUCUGUGAGAAGACGGUUCUCAAACGGGUCCUUAAGGAGCUGUGGAAGAUAGUGCUCAACACCAUCGAACAACAGAUAGUUCUUCCACCUCUCUCAGACCAGACACAAGGGGCUCAGAUGAUUUUCAGCGCUGCCAAGGACCUCGGCCAGCUCUCCAAACUCAAGGAGCAUGUGAUCCGGGAGGAAGCUCGCAGUCUGAGCCCUCGACAAUGUGCCGCCAUGGAUUUAGUGCUUCCCACCAUCAAGCAAUAUUUCCAUGCGGGUGGAAACGGUCUGAAGAAAACCUUCCUGGAGAAGAGCCCCGAUCUCAAGUCCUUGAAAUACGCCCUCAGCCUUUACACUCAACCCACAGAUGCCUUGAUCAAGAAAUAUAUAUGCACCCAAACCUCUCAAGGUCAGUCCACGUCUGCAUCCAUCGGGGAGGUCGCCAUCCAGGUGGACCUGAUCUCACACCCCGGCACUGGAGAGCACAAAGUCAGCGUCAAAGUUGUGGGUGUGAACAAUAUGAACUGGCAGACGAACGCCAUGUUUCGGCCUUUCGUGGAGGUCAACGCCAUCGGCCCGCACCUGGCUGACAAGAAACGCAAGUUUAGCACCAAAACCAAGAAUAACAACUGGUCUCCAAAAUUCAACGAAACAUUCCAGUAG